AUGGAGACGAUGACGCUGGCGCGGGCGACGGCCGAGGCCGACCUGCGGACGAAGGAGGAAGCGCUCCAGGCGCUCGAAGACGAUGCGAAUGAUACCACGUAUGGCAGACCAACGGUCCGACUGCAGCUCCGGGUCCUCUGGCUCAAGCCCCCGCUCGUGCAUCUUCAGUGCCAGCUCUCGAGCAGCACGCCCGCGCCUUGA